CAUAAAGACAUUUGACACGGGACUGCUGUUCAAUAGUAAUGACACAGGAGUGGGUUGAAUUUCGAGGCCCGUUGCCAUAGCACAACCCCCCAUAACACCACAGUGAUGGCCGGGAACGUUUUUUUUUAAGUGAGAGGAGUCUGAAGUUAUCUUCUCUGCCAACGAUACUCACGGGCAGUUUCAUCCCCAUGAACAAGACCAACGUUUUUCUUUUACGCGCCAUGUGCUUGUUUUCUAAUUGAUUUCUGAGGAAUACUACUUGGAAACGGUUAUGGGCACCUGGAUUGAACUAACAUUAUAUGUUUUAUAACUCCACGCACAGGGGGGAUGUUUAGGAAGAUCAACAACGCACUCCGUCCCAACAAUGGGCACAGGGCUGGUGAUGGCAGUCCGCGGUCCGAGCAGGACUACCACAGCGCGUGCACCGUCAAGUUGGUGCGGAGCACCUCCAUGCUGAUGGUGGGCCAGAGGAAUCAGUCAUCUGUCAACUCCACACUGAAGCGGAGCAAAAGUUCUGUGAAUGUGGAGUCCACCACCGCCUUGUAUUAUUAUCAGAGGCAGGAGGACCGGAUAUGGCUCUACUCCCAAAAUCAGAACUGCCUGGAGUAUCUGGAAGAGCUAGUGGCGUUGAGACGGCAGUACACGAGGAGCGUCAACAACUUCAAAAGCAACGAGAUGAAGGCCACAAUCUCCCCCAAGAAGAAGCCUGCGCCUCCCCCACCCAACUCCAAGAACGCACAGAUCAUGAGGACCAAACCGUCUGCCCCUCCAAUCCCCAAUGAGGAGGACACUCUGGACUUCUUUGAUGCUGUCAUCGCAAGCUGUGACCCUGAGCACACGCCCAAGCCCCAUGUAGACGAUGGGCACGCUGACGUUGACUUCAUUGUGGCCACCAGCACCAGUGAGCACGACCUCCACUCCAACUGGGUCAUGAGGGUCCCACGGUGUCCCACAGAUGAGUCCAAGCUGAAGAAGCCGGCCUCAACCAGCAAAAGCAGCAGCACGGCCAAGAAGAACAGCGACAACGGGACGACGAGCAGCCGACGACACCUACAGAGAAACCCCAUCCACUUGCCCAAAGUGGUGGAGAGCGCUUUCCAGACACUGCGCUUCAAGCCGAAACUAAAAAAAAAGUAGUGGGAACGUGCUUGUCCGGAGUUUCAUAACAAGUACAAGGAGUCAACUUGGGGAGGUCCCAUGACAUACAAGCAUUCAGCUGGUGAGGAAUUGGCAGGGAAACCACAAAAUAACCAUGGAUAGUAAUAUAGGAAGUGAGAGAGAGAAGUAGGCCUAGAGGAAGUGAGAACUGAGAGAAAGUGGCAGCCAAUGAUUAUGGUAUUCUGUUGGUGUGGACAGGCAUAGCAUGUGACAUUGUUCGCUAUGCCACCAGCCUGAUAAAUUAUCCAGUCUGCUGUGGCCCGUGGGACGGUAACCCGAUCCACAAAGGACCGUGCGUAACUUGGACAGCGUAAUUACCAACAAACACUCUCAUUACUUAGUUACUGUGACUAAACAGAGCACCUACUCCACCUGACAUCACAAUCAGUCAAGUAUUUUAAUUGAACAAUGCAACUUUCCAUUUUCUUUUGCAAGUAUUUUUAUUACACAUUUAGACUCUGCUUAUUAUAUCCAGGUUUAUCUGUCGCAUAUCAGUCUCCCUAGACUCGAUGAUCAACGUCCCUGUAUGAAAUGUAAGAUGUUCACCAUGUGCCUCAGAUUGAAUCAUUGAAAUGAUUCGUAAACAUUAACCAAGGUACUGCAAAUGGCACUGCUUAUUUCGUUUUAUACUGUAGUUGGCUACCAUUGUACUGUAACAAUAUAAUUUAUCCUGUUAAGUCUAUAUCAUUUAUGUACAUUAAAAUGGGUCACCGUGGCACUUUUUCCAUGACUUGUUGACCCUUGGUGUGUGUUGUUGAA